AUGAAAACAGCACAUGAGAAAGUACUUGGUGUUGUAUGGAAUGCAAUUACAGAUAAUUUCUACUUCAAAGUCAAGCUUAAUGUCACACCCGAAAGCAAAAAACGACACCCCAAACAAAAUCAAGGGACGACUACUAAUGCUUCCAAGACACUAACGAAGAGGAUAAUUCUAUCACAAGUAAAUAGUGUUUAUGAUCCACUCGGAUUAGCGAGUCCUCUGACGGUCAGAACAAAGAUUCUCAUGAGACGAUUGUGGAUUAACCACCCAAAAUUGGAAUGGGAUGAUCCUAUACCCGAAGAAGAUCACCAGAAUUGGGCUUACUUCUUCCAGGAUCUAAGUGAGAUGGAAAAAAUUAAAGUCAAUCGAUGCACUAAACCUAAAGAAGCCACGGGAAAUCCAAUCCUCGUAAUAUUCAGCGACGGAUCUAAUGAUGCAUAUGGCGCAUGUGCUUAUGCUAGAUGGAGACUUCUUAAUGGAGACAACGAAACCAACCUUAUCUUGUCCAAAACCCGCCUCGCACCUACCACGAAACUAUCAAUCGACUGGAUAGAGCUCUGUGGUGCAGUGUUAAAUAACAAAUUAAAAACCACAAUAACAGAACAAUGUAGACACCGUUUCGAGAAAUGUUAUCACAUCACUGACUCUCAAAUCUUUCACUCCAUGAUCCAAAAAGAAUCCUAUGGAUUCAAUACCUUCACUGCAGUGCGGGUAGGAGAGAUCCAAGAGGGAACCAAUACGAAAGACUGGUAA